AUGCCUCACCCCUCAGCCUUGUUGCCCGCGCUGCUGCUGGGACUGCUGUCCCCCUGGCCGGGCCGCGGGGGCCCUCUGCCUGCCCCCCACAACGACACGCUCGACUGGCGCUGGGAGACCCUCUUCUCUCGCUCCAUGGCCCGGCUCCCCGGGGAGAGGAAGGAGAUGAACAGGGACGGGGACUAUCUGCUGGGCAUCAAGAGAUUGCGCCGCCUCUACUGCAACGUGGGCAUCGGCUUUCAUCUUCAGGUCCUGCCCGAUGGCCGCAUCAACGGCGUCCACAACGAGAACCGCUACAGUUUGCUGGAGCUGUCUCCGGUCGAGCGGGGAGUCGUGAGCCUCUUUGGAGUCAAAAGUCGUCUUUUCGUGGCCAUGAACAGCAAGGGCAAACUCUAUGGCUCGCCCUACUUCAAUGAUGAGUGCACCUUCAAAGAAAUCCUCCUGCCUAAUAACUACAAUGCCUACGAGUCUGGGCAGUAUGUCGGCAUGUACAUUGCCUUGAGCAAAAAUGGGAGAACCAAGAAAGGGAACCGUGUGUCCCCCACCAUGACUGUGACCCACUUCCUGCCCCGGAUCUGA